AUGGCAGUCGUCAAGGUCGAACACUCAGGUCUACCUGAGCAUCAGGUGGGCAUCAUGCAGCAGUUCCGUGAGUUCUGGAUGGAAGGCCACUUCUGCGAUCUGACCGUGAAGAGUCGCGAAGGCACGGAGCACCGCGCCCACGCAGGCGUGCUGUCGGCCGCCGGCAAGUUCUUCAAAACUCUGCUGUGUGGAUCGUUUCUUGAGGCAGAUCAGGUGAAACAUGGGCAGCCUGUGCAAAUCAAUGCUUCUGAUGCAGCUCUCAGAGCUUUGCUGGAAUACAUCUAUGGCGGGCAGCCUGAUUUGCCUGUGGAGGAGUCCAUUGAGCUGUUGCGAUUGGCAGGAGCCUACGAGCUGCCAAAGUUAGCCAAGGAUGUCGAGGCAGGCAUUCGUGCAUCUCUGAAGACACAUCCCGUUCCUUCAAGCCUUAGAGUUCUACAGGAAACCCACGGAUUGCAUGAUUUGAAGGCUGCCUGUGAGGAGGCGGUUGCCACAAACUUCGAGGUCUGCGCUCAGCACCCUGACUUUCUGAGGCUAAGUGCUGUUCAGCUGGCACAGAUCCUGGAAAGAGACGAUUUGAAAGUUUCGCGGGAGGAAGUCGUGCUGAAGGGUAUCUUCACUUGGUUCAACUCCUGCAAGGACAGGGGUGAUGAUGUUCUGGGGCUGCUCCUACGAGAUGUCGAUUUUCAAUCCAUCUCUUUUGAGAACUUGCAUCAACUUAGCCGACUUGCCUCGUCCUUUGGCCCAAAUGGAGACUUCCUGCAGCGACGCGUCACCAAGCCAUGCAAGCAAAUAGGAAACGAAUCCAGGCAGAAGCUUCAGAUGGUUUUCGCCCGAAGCGGCGUUGCCUUCAACACUGGUCGCCGUACAUGGGUUCUAGCUCAGGAGGCGCAAGGAAAGUGUUACCCCGACCCAGUGACUCACUCUGCUGGCAUCAAGGUGUUUUUGUACGCGCAGAUUUCGCCAGCAGUGUCCUUUGCUGGAAGCCCGGCGAUGGUGAUCCCCGAGUGGUUGCAGGCACAGGUGCUAGUGUAG